AUGGCUUCACGCCCUCCCGCUCGGCCUGUGGUCGCGCAGCCCUACGUCUCCUCUUUCUACAACACAGCGGACCUCUCUGACGGUGUCAAGGCAGUCAACUUGGAGUAUAGGGAGCAGAACUUGAGAGACCUCGGCCGCGAGGAUAGCUUAGAGGACUACGCAGAGUCUGAAGGUCAUUCAAGCGCAGACACCGGCAACUUCACAGACAUCGCGGACCUCGGCAUCAGCGACGUGCUCGACACCGAUAUCGAGCAUCCGGUCAUUAAGAAGGUGUUCGGAGACCUAGUCGAGGAUCCUCUGUGGCCGCAUCUCCACGACGUUCAAGAGACAGUUCAGCUUGAACCGUCUGAUUGGGACAAGCUCGUUGAACUUGUGCACGAGCACAAAGACGUGUAUGAGCUCUUUUCCUUCCACUACAACCACAACAGCCACAUCCUCACCAUGUCGACACCUACCAACGUUCAUGAGCAUGUCAGCAACCUCUUCGGCGACUUGCUCGCCGUUUGCUAUGGCGGGCCUUGCGUCCUGAAUAUGCCCGGCUUCAAGGGCGUGCUCACGGCGGACACCAAGAGGAAGUUUGUAGGUCCUCUUCCCACCCCGGAUGACCCUUCUCGCCACGUCCGCAAGUUGGUUGGACCGGCGCUGUUGGUCCCGGACGGGGCCGUGACGCUUAGAUUCCCGGUCCUUCUGCAAGAUGACAACUACGAUUUGCGAGUCGAACAUGGGGAGCACGUUGUCGGAGUCUUCGAGAAGGGGUUUAACGAGGCGUGGGAUCAUCUUGUGUUUCAUUUUGGCCAAUACAGCAUCCCUCAGACAUUGAACAGGAACUCGAACGAACUUCCGGUCUUCAUGCUCACUGUCAAGGUCGUCGAGCACCCCAAGUACCAAUCUCCACAUCCGUCCAGCAAGUCCACGCCUGAGCAGAAACAAGCAUUGCGGAACCACUGGAUGCCGAUCGACGGCAGAACUCUACGCAAGCUCGAGCCAACGGACCCGGGCAACAUGUUGACCGGUAGAGUGACCAUAGGUGGUUACACGUUCUGCGGGGAACUCGAGGCUUACAUCGUCAUCAUCGGCUUCUUCAACGAGCACAGGGCUGCUUUGGAGCAAGGUUACCGAGAGCAAUGGACGGUGGAUGAAUGGGUGAAGAAGGGCCAAGGAAUAAAGGUCCGCAAGAAGUACGAGGGCGAUGAAGCGCAGAAACUGAAGGAAUUCACCGACGUGUGGAAGUCCGUGUUCACCAAGUAUCGACUUCGUAUCUGGGAGAAGGGUGGUGAGGCUUGGCGAGCCUACGCCAAGGCUCAGCAGGCGAAGGGUGACAACGUCUACUUGCACGACGGCGUUCGAGGCGCCUGGAAAGAGUACCUCCUUUCGGCGCCAUUCAACAAGUCCAAGUCAGAGGCGGACGAACUGCCUCUGAGCGAUCUCAUCACCGCCAUCACGACCGGUGCAAUUGCGACUGCUACUGAACGCUUUGAUACCUUCAAGCGACAGGUAUGCGGGUUCUCGCCGGACCUGCCUGCUCCCGACAUCGUACCGGAUGUCAGCCGAGCGAAUGAGUUGGAGGACGACGUGUUGAACGUGAAGCGGAAGUACGAGGAGUGGAUGGAAGAAGCCGAAGCCGAGCUGGACGUCCAGGAGCCGGACGUCAAGCGUCCUCGUCAAGGCGAUAACAAAUCUGACUGA